CCGGUACAAUGACGGCGUCCAAAGAUCCGACCAAGAAGAAACCGAAAGAGGGGCAGCAGGAUGAGGAGUUUGUGGACGUCAGCCCGCCGCAGAGGAACUGGAAGGGCAUCGCCAUCUCGCUGCUGGUGAUCGUGGUGGUUUGCUCGCUCAUCACCAUGUCUGUGGUCGUCCUCACACCUGCGGAGCUCCCCGGCAGCAGCAAGUCCGGGCUGACUGUGGCCGAUCUGUACAAGCCAGAGUUCAGCGUCCAUGACCCCGAGGCCACGUGGAUCAGCGAUUCAGAGGUGGUGUACAGGAACCGCGACGGUCACGUCAUCAAGUUCAACUUCGCCUCGAACGAGACGGAAGUCAUUCUUACCAACAGCACGUUUGUGGCCUUCAAGGUGGUGAAAUACUCGCUCUCUGCAGAUCUGAAGUACGCGCUCUUCGCUUACGACGUCAAACAGAUGUACAGAUAUUCGUACACGGCGUCUUACAUCGUUUACAACAUCUACACCAGGGAGGUAAGGGAGCUAAACCCUCCGGAGGUUCAUAAUGCCGUGCUACAACAUGCAGCCUGGGGAAGACAAGGACAACAGCUGAUCUACAUCUUUGAGAACAACAUCUACUACCAGUCAGACGUGAAGAGUAACUCCCUGAGAAUCACCUCCUCUGGGAUGGAGGGAGUCGUCUUUAAUGGACUGGCUGACUGGCUCUACGAAGAGGAGAUUCUGCGUUCACACUUGGCUCACUGGUGGUCGCCUGACGGAGAGCGUCUGGCUUUUCUCACCAUCAACGACACGCUGGUUCCCAACAUGGUUCUGCCCCAGUUCACCGGCAGCACCUACCCCAGAGGACUGCAGUACCCUUAUCCCAUGGCCGGUCAGACGAACCCUGCUGUCAAGUUAUCGGUGGUUAACCUGUUCGGAGCGACACACACUCAAGAACUGCAGCCUCCAGAUCAGUUUAGGCUCAGGGAUUUCUACGUAACCAUGGUGAAGUGGAUCAGUAACACUCACCUCGCCGUGCGCUGGAUCAACCGGCCCCAGAAUGCUUCACUGCUGACGGUGUGUGACGCCACCAUCGGAGGCUGUCUGCAGAGACAUGAGGAGUCUUCAGAGACGUGGUUGUCCCUGCAGAGACAGGAGCCGCUGUUCUCCCAGGACAGGAGCAGGUUUUUCCUCUCGCUGCCCGUGAAACAAGGAGGUCAGGGAGAUUUCCACCACAUCACAAUGUUCACCAAAAAGUUACGAAGCGAUAAGGAUGAAGUUCGACACUUAACGUCAGGAGACUGGGAGGUGACGAAAAUCGUAGCAUACGAUGAAAACAACCAGAUCAUAUACUUUCUGAGCACAGAGGACUCGGCGCAGCAGAGACAUUUAUACAGUGUGUCCACCCUCGGCCUGUUUCCACGACAAUGCCUCACCUGCGGACUGAAGGAGGAGUGUUCGUUCUUUGACUCCGAUGUCAGCCCCGAUGCACAGCACGCCAUCCUGCACUGCAGAGGUCCUGGAGUUCCAGCGGUGCUGCUCCUCAGCUUCGAUGACGUGGACUCGUAUUUCAUCUUAGAGAACAACCUCCCUCUGCGGUCGGCGCUGGAGACCAAAAAGAGGAUUCAGAGCGAAAUCCGGAUGAUCACGAGCGAUAACUUUGAGCUGCCGCUGAAGCUCAUCUAUCCUCCUGACUUCUCCGAGUCCUACCUCUACGGCCUUCUCCUCAUUGUCGGCAGCUCUCCGGGCGACCAGUCGGUGACACAAGAGUUCAGGCUGGACUGGGACUCGGUGCUGGUGGAGUCAAAUCAGGUCAUCGUAGCUCGACUCGACGGCAGAGGGUCGGGGUUCAGAGGUCAAAGGGUUUUGCAGCAGGUCCAUCACAGACUCGGCACCGUGGACGCAGACGACCAGACGGCAGCUCUGGAAUACCUGGUGAAGCUGCCGUUCAUCGACCGCACUCGCGUCGGAGUCUUUGGGGAGGACUACGGCGGCUUCCUCACACUGACGAUGCUGAAGUCGACUGAGAAGUUGAUCCGAUGUGCAGCGGCUCAGACUCCUGUCACUGACUGGUCCAUGUACGGUGAGCAGCGUCUCCUCUUCUUCAAUGCUGUGAAACCUGACAAAAACAUGGAGAAAGAAGCACCUGUCUCUCUUUCACGCAGUCCGUCUCUGAACCGAGACAGAAGCUUCAAACACAACCGCAUACAUGAGGACAUGAGAUAUACACCUGAAGAGGAGACGUAA